GCUAAACUGUUGCGUGAUGAAUGUCCGUUGUACUUGUGAAGUGUUUUUUAGUCAAUUAUACAACUGAACACCUAAAAACACAAUUUCCAAAUGUUUUUUUUUCCAACACGAAAGUGUACAAAUACACAGUAUUGACGUUUGAAGGUUGAUAUGAAGAUACAACGGUAGUGCAACUUGAAGUUGCUAUGCGUUUGUGUAUGUGUGUGUGUGUACGUGUGCUGUAAUCAUUCAUUCAUUGCGGCAAAUACUUUUGGUGUCCAUUGGGCAACAUUUGUCCUAACUGGUCGGGUGCAAAACGGAACCCGAAUACGGUUACGGAAACACAAACCGAAACCAAACUAGGACGGUUACAUUUCCAGCUGGAGCUAGAGAAACAACCAAAAAGAACACCUUUCCUGUUCACCUGCAUACCCCGUUCCGUUUGCCUACCAUUCCUUUUUGGCUGGGGAAAAAACCAUUUAAAGCUUUUUCAAACACAGCUGUCAAUAAACUAACAGAGAGAAGAAAACAUGGGGAAAAAUCGCGAGAGAAAGUUUUCAUCCGUACAGGGACUCUCGUGUUUUUUUUCGAUGCCAACAUUCUUUCUCUCCCCCACGAAGUGUACACAUAACAAGCAAAGGAAGAAUGCAAUGAGGGAUGAAAAAUAAGACCAACGUGUGCUUGUGAAAAAAGAAAAUUUCCUACAUUACAGGAAUGCUCUAAUUUUGAAGAAAUUUUAAAAUUUUUGCUUAUGUUAAAAUUUAAAGAUCAUUUUGUGGUGUGUUUAAAAAUUAAGAUUUUUACUCGCAGAUUUCCAUUCUCUCUUUUUCUCUCUCUCACCCUCUCAGUCUGCUACUAAAUCAACGACAAUGGACAACGCACGUGUUUUCUCGGGAAAACUGUAUUCUCUCCCCCUGUACAUCAGGUCGUCCUUCAGGCGAUACGCUUGUAUUGGUCAACAGAAUGUCCGUUUUUUUUAAAUACUAACCCCACACAAAACCCUGACCAUAUUGUAAAUUGCUCUCGCUGACGUACAAUAUUCACAAUGCUGACUAUGGUUUUGCUCACAUGGAAGGUAACUCAUAACGAGUUUCUCAUGGGUGUUUUCGGAUUUUUAAAUGAUGCUUCCAUUUUUUCAUGAGCAUUCCCCGAUAUCUAUUGUUUCUGUUUGAAAAUAAGCUGUCGAACACUAGCGCAUUCACGAAGCUCAGUUCGGGUGAGUCUCCUGUCACUGGAGGGACACGUCGUUCAACAGCUGUUUGUCGCCUGCAUUUCGGGGAAGAGUCACUCUCUUGAUUAUGCCACAUUUACUCCCUCAUCACUCGCACACACACACACAUACAGUAUACAACAUUCCAAUUCCUAGGCCCCAAUGAUAUUGAUCCUUUUCACAACACAGAUGCAACUUGUUUAAUCUGACACAUACAUUCAACCUUUAUCGGUUUUCAUCCCCCAACUCGGUUCGCUCGCUUGUAUACGAGUGUGUGUGUGACGUUUUCGUGUUUUUGGGGUUUAACGAUGGCGCACGUGUGUGUUUUCCUAGCGUGCUGCAGUGCGAUGGCACCCCGAAGCCUGAUGACACCCCAAAUCCAUCGUUGCAAACCAUGCGCUGUGUCACCGUACGCCGUUGUCCUACAUUUAGCUUCAAUAUGUCAAAUGUCAGGACGGGGAACAUUUGGAGCAGUUUGCUGACUGCAGUUUGUGUAGCCCCCUUUUUGUGUCGCAGACGAUGUGUACGUUGAUCAUCAGUUUUUGGGAUUCUUAUGUGAUGUUCAAUCACACGCCAGAUUCCGUUGAUUAGUCAGCUGCCGGAUGUGACGCAAUGGUAGCAUUAUCUUGGUGAAAAAAAAACAUCUUGUUAAAAUUUAUUGCAUACUUUAUCGACUCACUACUGUCUUCUAUAACAAUAUAUAUAUCGGCUCCAAGAUAACCGAAUCCCAACCGCUAUUAGUCCUGCAAAGUAAAAAUACACUCAGAAAAAGGGACUUCAAAAAAAACAAAACUUUUGCUAAAAGCAGGAAAAACUGAUAACGAACAAGAAGAAAAAACCGUAAAACUAUAAAUUUUAAAUUAAGACACUAAAAAAUCCUUGGAAAUUUUUCAACAACCUUGGUGAUAAGCUUCAAUAAUUGAAAUAUCGUUUUUAUUUUCCUCAACGCUCGGGUCUCUGGUUUUUGUUUGUUCUUUCAAACUUUGGCAACCUUUUUAUUUUUUUGCUCACUUGGUAAGAAGUUUCAUCUAACACACAAUGAUAAGGAAGUAAAUAUGUUGUACUGCUCGCGUACAGUUUCGGAACACAACUCGCUUUUGGAAGCGAUUUUUCGUAUGCUUCCUCAGUGUGUAUGCGAUAACGCUCUUAUCAAUCGCACUGCUGUUACACAGUUUUAAUCUAUUUUUGUUACGCGUUUUGCUUGCUUGCUUGACUUCAUUUUGGAACGCGUACCAGUCGGCAUGUUUUUUAGUCGCACUUGGUCGGCAUACCUCGGAACCCCUCGGAACCAUUACGAUGUGAUGAAGGUAUUAACGACCCUAAAACAGCUCUCCGCAAACGAGCUUAUCUGGGCUGGUUGUGGUUUUUUCCUUCGAUAAAUCAAUCCUCUAUUCGGCCAUUUAUGAACCUUUGAUCGGUAAUCGCACCAUUUGAUACGGUGACCGCGAGAAGGCAUAAAGAAGCUCAAACAGAGCUCAACAUACAUCCGUGAGAAGGGAUUUCGGUUUCUGCGCCGGGUUUCCCGUCUGUUUCGAAUGGUCUCUCCAUUUAAUUGACCGGAACGGAAUGAUUGCAGCCAGCUGCAUGGCUUAUGAUGGUGUUUUAGUGAUUGUGUACACAGCUCUUGACUGCCUCCUUCAUAUUGGAAUAUUGUUUUGUUAAAACCCUUUUAAACAUCCACCAACUUCCACUGUACCAUUAUGUUUUAUUGCACAAAGUAAAAAUAUUGUUUCAUCCUAUUCUUUCACUAUCAUUUUGCAAUAGAACAAUUGCAGCAGAACAAACCAUCGAUUGUACUUCAGCGCCUGUCGCCUUCAGUUUGCCUUCAGAAGUGCAACAAGACGCGGCGUUGCAGUUGUGCAAACGCAACGUACCUCGUGUCUUGUUCCUCCAUCGAUGAAGCAUUGCUCAAUUGAAUUUCUUACCAUUCUAACCUCGUUGGUGUAUUGACAGCCGUCAACUUGUCAGCCUUCGACGACAACGAUUUCAACGACGUUACCGUUUGUGGGCCACACUAAACUGUUGAAAAGAAUUGUUUAAGCUGCAUUUAAUUUUUAUUUUUUGCCCGUCCAUGUUAAAAUUAAUUCAAUUAAUAUUUAUAGUGCCAAAAAAUAUGUCAAAUUUUUAAAUACAAAUAUCACAGGCCAUUUAAAACGCUCGCCGCUAAAGGAAUCACGUGUCCAGUUUUACCGCAAUUGAGCACCAAUUAGCCAACGGUAAAAUAUUUAGCCCAAUAAUCAAGCAUUUGAAUGCCGCACACAAAAAGAGGAAAUAGUGUUUUAGGCUUUCGAACAUUUUGCACCAACACACGCGUUCGUGGCCAAAUGGGCGUUUAAGUCAAUCACGCACAGUCCGUUCCAACCCUUCUAUUAUCUCGUGCAAAUGAGUCGCUAAUGAGCUGUUUCGACAAAUUUUUCGCACCAACCGAAUGGUGUGUACCCUUGAACACGUUCGAACGGUGUUGAAGUUUCAUUUAAAUGUUUUUCGUCUAAAGUGUACAAAGUGCAUAUUUAAAAGGAACGUUUCGUGAACUAAUCGAUGAUGAACUACCUUUCAACACUUGAGGUUUUUUAUUAUAUUUUCUUCUUUGCUAACCGAACUUUUUAUACUUAUUUACUUCAUCUUGUUUUUAGCAUAUUUUGCUAUCGCAAUGAGUAUACUAAUCACAUUUCCUUAUUUCAUUUUGUUCGUUAAUGUUUUCGUUUGUGUUAGAGCUCAAAACACUUGUAGCACUGUUCGAAGUAUCGCUUCCUAAUUUCACUGUGAUUUAAUGCGAUCGUUUUGCCAGAUGUUGCAAAAAAAACACAAGGAAAUGAAAUGAGUUUAAGUUAAGAAGCACUUUGAAUUCACAACUCUUCAUAUAUUCGCGCUCCCCACACAUGCAUACAUACAACAGAAAUACAUUCACAAACAGCUUCCAGCGGCUCCAUAUUGAUCUGUCUCGUUUGAUUCGGCGAUCGGGUUUAUUCCAUUUCUCUCUUCCUCGUUCUCUCUCUCUCUCUCUCUCUCUCUCUCUCUCUCUCGUGAUUUCUAUUUCUCUUGGGUCUUAUCGGACUCUCAUUUGCACUUUGCGUCGUUGCACAGAUUAACAGGCGUGUGAAGAUGCUACUGUCGCCAUGAUCAUUUCCAUUUCUACUAGUCUUUCGAGAAGUGUUAAAUGAAAUCCCAUUUUUACUUCAUUCAUAGAUGUUUAUGCUUCAAACCUUUCGUACAUUUUCUGACACAAUUUCGGACAGAUCCGAUAACAACAAUCCCUACGAACCGGAAUAUGGUGUUUAAGAUCAUGGAUGUAGCGCUUGGUGGAGGCGCCUCACGAUCAUCACCACCAGGGCUUCGUCGAUCAUCCCUUAACUCGUCUCACCUCGGUUAAGCUUUUCCGCGGGUGGGCUCGUUUGGCCCGAUGUGGCCGUUCUAUGAUUGCGCAAAGCACAGUGGCACAACAAAUCCGUGGGUAGGAGGAAACGAGCGUAAAAGUAAAGAGCACGCGAGAGAGCGGGGUGCAGCGAUCGAAAUCGAACGCGCGUGUGUGAGCGAGAGAUCCGGACCUGGACCACGCUGACAACGACGACGAUGAGGGCGUCCGCCACCACCAAGCGCGUGUCAGUUUCAGUCCAAUAUCGGUCGUGAAUAGAAAUAGACAAAAACGGUUGACGGUGCUGUUGCGGCUCGCACCCGAGGUUUUGCUCACUAAUUCGUACGACUCCGUGUGCGUGUGUAUGUGUGUAGCUGUACGUGCGUGUAUGAGGGGGGGGGGGGCAUGUUGUUGUUUGCUAAACGAUGACGUUGAGCGUAUGUUUAAAACAUGCUCUCACCAUAACAUACCUUUUCUCGUGACCAAUCGUGUGACCGUGACAGAGCGUGUGGUACAGCCUCAGAACAACCCCCAUUGCCAUUGGAUUGUGUAUGUGUGCGUGUGAGUGUGCGCUUAAAAGGGUUGAUAAAGUUUCUAUUGAUAUUAGUUCGACACCCGCACGACAUUUUGUCCACGUCAGGCUGUCGCCACAUUAUUAGAACUGUCAUGGAACAGAACUGAGUGUAGAAUCUUCUUUUAACCUAAAAAAAAAAAAUACAAAAAACACACCCCAUUCUGGUUCGCACUUGUCCACUAACCACGAAAGAAAGAGAGAGAGAGAGUAUGUUUUGCGACAAAACAGAACCUAACAAGCGAACCGAGGCGGAACCGUCAACGUCAACAAGUGUCAAACCCCGUCCGUUCAUGGGCCCCUUGUGAGGUUUGGGCGGGAACUCGGAAGAAACAUCACCCCCCCCUCCCCCCACCCUUUUAGUGCCGUAUGCGUUUGGUGCGAUCGAUUCCACACGUUUGACAGCGAUUGUAUGCGUGCGUUUGGUUGUUGUGUUGAUGCGCGCGCGCGCGCCGAAAAGCCUACGAUCGUGUGCUACAGUGUGACACUCCAGUUCGGCCCAGCUCCAUUGUUUGUUUAUCUAGCAACGCGUUACACUGCGUUACGCGAUCGUUCUUGACACAGGCGCUAGCGCGCGGGUGCGCACUUACACGCGUAUACGCGUUGUGUCUGGGUGAUCUUUUUUUCUCUCCACCCCGAAAAAAAAUGUACGACAGUCCGAUCGUUUCGUACAGUUGGUGACACGUACGCGGAAUUAGUUCUAUCGCUAAACGCCACAAAACCGGGCACUCCAAGCUUUACAUACAGUGUUGAGAUGUGGUUUUGCUACCCACACCCGAAUCGUGCUUGUGUGUCCGUACGUGUUUAUGUGUGUAUAUGUGUGUGUUUUGCAAUGUUCCUGUGUUCUAGGUUCCAAAAUGCUUAUUGUCUUAAUUUAAAAUAGUGCUUUCUCGUGUGCCAUUUUGUCGCUCUGCAGCAUAUUACAUACAUACAUGGUGACAUUUUUCGCUUACCAGUCCGCAAAGGGUGAUAGUACCAUUUUGUGAUUGAUUUUAGCAAGCCUGUUUUUGUUGUUGUAAGGGCUAGUGGUCAUAUCCUUGCACCAAACACCUGGCACCUCCACCGAGUGCGAUGUGGCGCCUGGAAUACGCAACGGAUCACAACGAAGGCAAGGCUAUGGAAUCGCACCUGCUGGCAAUGAUACUGCAACGUGAGUUAGACGCUCUUACCGCUCUAUUAAAUAAAGAGAAAAAAAGAAAAAAAAAACAUACGAAACAAAAUGUUUCUACAAAAAUUUGCCCUACGAUUUAUAUAGUUUCAAUCACGGGUGCGAGAAUCAUAAUUUACCAAACAUUAUGUUUGUCACGCAACUGUCCGCGAAUUGGACCAACAUCGCGUGGAAGUGAAAAAAUAAAAUACACGCUGGCAGCUUCACACCAUAAGUUCUGAUGCGUGUUUGUAAUGUUGCUUUUGCGGUUGUAUUUGUGGUUCGUAUUGCACGAUGAUAAGAAAAACAGCUUUUACAACAGUCGACUCAGUUGAUACAGUUCUUGUCAUGUACUACUGUACUGAAUGUCGCUUUUUUUCAACACACAAAUAUGGCGCUGAAUGGUUUUGUUUUGUCGGCUUCGUUCAUAUUUUUCAUUUUUUUUCUUUUUUUUGUUGUUUGCUCACAUAUAUCUGUUUUGGUCUAUACAGAGUACAGAGACAGGCAGAGAUACUGUCGUUUUCAAAUAAAAGGUUUUCUAUUUCGAAAAGGUAUUAAUUUCCAUCAUAUAAAAUGAGGAGUUCCAACAAAUAUUUUUAUUUAUUUUGUUUCUUUAUGAAGAACCUAUUUAAGUAAAUUUAUUUAUGAUAAUUUUUCAUUAAUUUACUUUACCGUAAAAUGCACUCCAUACUCACUUUAAAGCACUUUUUAAGCCAUUUGCACAAUAUGUGAUAUGUCGAGGUAUUCAAUAAUUACUCAUUUCGACGCAUGGUCUAUUGCUGGAACUAAUAAUGCACUUCCGCCCAACGCCCAGAACACCUUUCGUACAGCAUUUUGAAGCGUAAUUCCAGGCUUGAGAGAAAUUUAAUGAUCAAAACUGGCUUAUUAGACCAAAACUGAUUAGCUUAUUUGAAUAUAGUUUAAAUAAAAAUUCAAAACUUUAAGCAAAUCGUUAGUUUCUAACGCUUUUCUUCCCAAAUUAAGCGCUCUUGGAGUUUUUAGUUGGAAUAUUUGGUAUAUUUGAUCACACUAAACAGGGUCACCAUACCUAACCUGCUUCUAACACUCGGGAAUGGGGUUGAUGUGGUGAGACACGCGAUUAACCUAACGCACACAUGGUCACGAUCCCUAUCGCCAUGAUCGUCCACGCCAUCCGUGCAACCGAUCCACGAAUUCGAUCCGUUUUAUUCAUAGCCCGAUGGGAAGAAAAAAAAAGUCAAACGCAUUAUGAUGAUGUUCCAUCAUAAGGCACACACGGGUUUUGCCGCUUAGUGUGCAGUGCUUCCCACAUGUGCUCCACGAUCAGUUCGCGAUCAUCUUUUUCUCGCUCUAGCUUUCCAUUUGUUGCCCUUAACGGCGGGAUGUUGCCCACUGAUGCCACCGAAAAUGCAAACGCAAUCUGCAGAGGCCGGUUUAUUUGAAUAUUUAAAUAUUCAAACUCGAUCGUUGUUUCCUACAGGGGUUUCAAAAAAAAAAGAAGUCACGCUAGCUGUUUGUGCUUAGCUUCUCAUUUGUCACGUUUGUGGUCUCUUUCUCUUCUUUUCGUUGUACGCGUUGUCAGCACAUUUCAUUUGAUUCUCAUUUCUUUCUUUCCUUUAGCGUGAUACAUAUAUGAAUAUUUUUUUUUUUAUUUUCGUACACAACUUUGUCAUCCGUAUGGUAUGGUUCAUGUGGUGGACAAUGAAUGGUGGUCGGGCAGAAGCGUAAAGUGAUAAUGAAGCGACAGUGCUGCAAGAUGCUGCUGACCCCGAGAGACAACGUUACGAUCGAAACACGCUUUUACAGAGAUAGAGCGCAAAAGAAAUCGUGUGGAAAUGUUGGAAGAAUCUCCGAAACUAAACUUUCGAUUAGUCGUUAACGAAGAACGGAAGAAAUACAACAACCAACGCGAUUAAAACCGUUUUCCAUUGGUAUUUCGGAUUUUUUGUGCUUGUGUUUCGUGCCGGGGAUCUAUGCUGUAUGUGGCAUUCGUAGAUGUUGUACCACGUUAUCGCUUGCCUUGUUUGAGGGGUUAUUUUUAUUCAACAUUACCCUUCUCGCUACAAAUGUUUCACUACGGUCAGUCGUGUUCAUUUCAGCAAAGAUUAAAAAAGAAGAUUAAACUGCACUAGCGAUAGAUGAAAACUGUUUAGUUGAAUUUUAAAUUCAUUCAUGGGGUUUGGAAAAGUUUCCGAUGGCAAAUAAAAAUGUAAUAAUAAGUUUUAUAUUGAACCUGUUUUGAAUACCUGAAUGAAAAUAUCUGAAACCGGAUCGAAGGCUAUAAUAUUUGCAAUAUUGUUGACUGUUUUUCAUUAGAUUUUGACACAUUUGAUGAGCAUUUUUCACUUCCAAUGCUUGUUUUUAUUUCCAUAUCGAAUUGUUUGGAAAAAGAAGAUAUUUUUUAUUUUAAAAAUCUAUGUUUAAUGUUUAAUGUUUAAUGUAACGACUAAACUAGAAACUCAUACUAUGUUUGACACUUCACGAUUUUGCUAAUGAAAUGAAAAAUUAGAAACGUUCAAGUUGAUCCGAUUUUCAUUUCAAGAAACCUUCUUUUAAAUGCAGCCUAGUAAGCAUGCAAUUUGUUUUAAAUUAGUUUUAUUUAUUUAACUAAUUUCAAAAGCAAUCUCAUCUUUAUGAAGCUUCCAUUUUUCAGCUAAAUUGGGAGGUUAUCAUCUUCACAUAUUUCGACAUUUCUAUACCUCUGCCAUCCUAAAUCAAAGUUAUGCUUUGAUGUAUAUUCUACCUGAACUUUGCUUUAUGGCAUUUUGCCCAAGCAAAACGUAGCGAAUAGAGUAUCGAACAAAAAAGCAUAAAUUAUUCAUCGUGCAUUAAUUAACCGCCGCAAGCAAAACCGGAAUAUGGCUUCCACCGACAAGCAAAACCCGCAUCAACCAAAAACCUAAAUGUUAGUUAAAUGUGCUAUAUAAAAAAAGUUUUUGCCCCUCCCUCGUUUUUUUGCGUAUCUUCACAUUAUCUCAUUCUUUACUAUUGUUUAUUGUCGCUCGUGAAGAAGCUUUGCUCACCACUGGUAAAAUAAUCAAUCGGCUUUUAGGGCACACAUACCACCGUCAACUGUACGCUGGACAGCAUGCUACGACUACUGCGGAAUGAAGCGAUACUGAACAGGAACGAUUGUACUGUGGAGUAAAUGAAAUGUGACAAAGUGUCCGCACAAAACCGGCAAAACAGCGCGUUGUACACUAGGAAACCAAGUGCAAUUAUUUUCCAAUCCGAGUGUGAAACCACAUUACGGGGCGUUAAAGUGAAUCGAAAGUUACUAGCCCCGAUGUCCCGUCUACCUUUCGCCACCCUUCACAGAACGCAGCAGCACGAUCAUUAACCUCAGCGGAACUGUUUAGCCUGUUGUGUGGUCAUUAGAGUGGUCAUCGGAAAAAAGGCGAAAAAAAAGCUUCCGUAGCAUUACUUCGCAACCCUCACGCGUACUCGGUGUGCCUUCACUGUAGGCUGUGGUGUUCAAUCGUAAGGGGCCUUAUUGCUGGUCUCGCGUGAGCCACUAUACAAAGGGUGUGAUUGCACACGUGCAUCUGGCCGAAAAAAAAAACAAAAAAAUACUACCAAAUGUUGAACAACGACCAGCAGCGGCAGUAUGCAACGGGACAGCGGCAGGAUGGUGGUCAACCGCAAACCGGCACAAACGGUAGCCAUUCGUCGGCGGAAAAUUCUCCCGACCAUAGCAAUUCCACCGCCAGCUUCUUCAUGUUCGACGAACUUAGCUCGGCCCUGCACGACGAGCGUAACAAUGGCGGCAACAAUCACCAUCAUCGUUCGCAGCAUCGGCCACAGCAAUCGUCUGCAAACGGAAGCAGUCCCAGGUCUGCGGUCAGCUCCAACAACUCGGGCAGUACCAACAGUUUGCUCAGCAAUGGUGACAGUCUAAUGGCACGAAUCAAUCAGCUCAAUCAGCAGCAGCAGCAGCAGCAAUACAGCGGUACGCGAUCACCGUCCAAUGGUGCAACGAUCGACGGUAGCACAAUGGGUGUGGUUGCAACCAUACGGUCAUCGCCCACGAAUGGCGGUACGCCGGUCAGUGCCCUUGCGCAACAACACCAGCAGCAAAUGCUCGCAUCCGCACUGGUACGAAGCGGUGGUGGCACAUCCUUUGCGCAACACUCACCGAUCGAUGGUACGGAUGGCACAACAUUCCCAACUGCUGCAACAGUCACCAGCAUCCAGCAACCAUAUGGUGGUGGGGUUAGUAGCGCCCAGUUCCACAACAACUUUGCACAAACUGGACACCAGCAACAACACCAGCAACAGCAGCACAAAGUGACCUUUUAUCAGAGUCAACAUCAACAGCAGUACCAUCUUCACCAUCACCAGAACACACAGCAGAGGCCGGGUUUCGCUACGGGAACUACUACCGCCACCACAACCACAGCCACCAAUGGCGGCGGCGACAACUAUCAUUUCAAAACGCUGGUACCGUCGGUUGCGGCCGGUGCCAUCAUCGGCAAGGGUGGCGAAACCAUUGCCUCGCUACAGAAGGACGCCGGUGCCCGGGUGAAGAUGUCCAAAUCACACGACUUCUAUCCCGGAACCACCGAGCGUAUCUGUCUCAUUAGCGGCACGGUUGAGGGCAUCCUGACCGUGCUCGACUUUAUCACUGACAAGAUACGCGAGAAACCCGACAUUACCAAAGCACUGACCGAGGCGGACGCGAAGCAGGCACAGGAGCGCGACAAGCAGGUCAAGAUCCUGGUGCCGAACACGACCGCAGGCAUGAUCAUCGGUAAGGCCGGUGCGUACAUCAAACAGAUCAAGGAGGAGUCCGGCUCCUACGUGCAGAUCUCGCAGAAGCCGAAAGAGCUGACGCUGCAGGAGCGUUGCAUCACGAUCAUCGGCGAGAAGGAGAACAACCGGAUUGCAUGCAAGAUGAUCCUGGCCAAGAUCGUCGAAGAUCCCUCAUCCGGCACCUGCUUGAACGUAUCAUACGCAGACAUCAACGGACCGGUGGCCAACUUCAAUCCCACUGGUUCGCCAUUCGCCGCCUCACAGAAUCCCAAUUUCAGCUCGAGCACCGCCUCACUCAACUCCGCCAUUAGCGGGCCCCUGCCGAGUGCGACGGCCACCGGUUUGCUGGUCAACGGCACCGGACUCAAUCUGUCAUUAAACCUAGGUGCACCAUCACCACAGACUAAUCCUACAGCUAUCACACAAUUGCUUGAUCAUAUUAAGACUGCCAUGAGACAGUCCGGCUACACGGACACGGCUACGGCUGAGGUGCAUGCCGCCCUUACCGUUCUGGCUAAGUAUGGCGUCCUCGGUAUCGGUGUCGGUCUCCAGAAUGGCACACACUCGACCACGCUCGGCUACCUGGGCAUGCCGGAAAUGCAACAGUCGACGGCGGCUGCAGCGGCCGCGGCAUCGGCCGCCACCGGCGUGUACGGUGCCGUCGGUCAGCUCAACCUCGAUUCGUACCUGCAUGGGGCGGGCACGGCGACGCCCCGCACCACCACCAUCGAUCGCUACGAUCCGACCACGUUCGAUCCGUUCCGGCAUCCGGGUACACAGGCGGCCACACCGAUCUCGAUCAACAACAAUGCGUUCGGCUUAGGUAACCCGAGCGCCCUAAAUGCGGCCGCACAGACGCUCGGUUCGCUCAGCAAGAGCCCAACACCAGCCGAGAUGACUACCAGCAAGGAGAAGAACGUCGAAAUCCCGGAAGUGAUCGUGGGUGCCAUUCUCGGACCGGCCGGGCGCAGUUUGGUCGAAAUUCAGCACAUAUCCGGCGCGAAUAUACAGAUCUCGAAGAAGGGCAUCUUUGCGCCGGGCACGCGCAACCGGAUCGUCACCAUCACCGGUCAGCCGAACGCGAUCAACGUGGCGCAGUAUCUAAUAGAGGAGCGCAUCAGCCAGGAGGAGACGAAGCGGGCCUGCCAGACGGCCAAUGCUGCGGCCACCAACAAAACAUCCGCCGCCUCCGUCGCUACCGUGACGCAAUAGGGGUGCCGGACGGCAUUAGGAGCAGCAGCAGCACCAGCAGCAGCCGCUUCUAGCCUAGCAGCUUACGCUAGUCCGCCCAAAAGCCGCCUACAGUCCGCGAUCGACGAAUUUAAGGCGAACAUUCAUCUGUACGUAGCGCAUCCUUCAAUCUGAAAUCGCGAUCAAUGUGUGUGUUAGACAGCAGCAAAACUAAGCAAAGGUGUUAAAGUAGGAAAAGACGAGUUUAGCUAGUGGAAGCUGGAGUAUAGUGAUAGUAUCUGCAAAAACCGGAAAAAAGGAAGACAUACUAGUAGAUACGUGUUACGGUUCAGUUACAAACCACACGACAUCACAAAAGAGGCGUUAUACGGUAACGAAAGGCUUUACGAGUAAAGCAUUAGCUAUUAAACGAACCGUUCCGUGUGUACGAUGGUGGUUGGAGUACGUUCUCCAACAAAAAAAAGCAUUGGUGGCAUGUACAACACGGUAUAGCCAUCAAAUCAGCAAAAGACGCUCGCAAAAGAUCCGGUUUUUGUUGUGGGAUAAUGUUUUUUUUCUUGUUUUUUUUAAAAGGAUUGUUUAUUGUUACUCGUACAUCGUUUCAUCGUACUUUGUUGUUAAUUUUAAUUCAUGCACAGUGGAACCCCAAAGUUCGUUCGGGUUUCCGUUUCCCGUUUCAUUUCUGAGGCCCUUAAAUAGUUCCCAAACACGGCUUCACAGCUUCUGUUUGGUAAACGUGAAACGUUACAAGGCAAAAAAACCGGACAUCGGUUAGUGGGAAAACUCGUGACAAACGUAGAGCGGAAAGCUACAUUUAUCAAAUGAAAUGAUUUCGCAUUGUGAUAAGCGGAAAUGCAAUGAAGGAAAUGGUUUAGGCAAAACGAAAAAAGAAAGGCAGAUCGCUUAGAUAAAAAAACCAAAUUUUGGGGUAGUACACACAAACACACAUUCACAUACACGUACACAAACUAUUGCAUAUUACGUUUUGUAGGGGGAAAAAAUGGCGGAUGCAAUAAUGCAUGAUUGUUAUUUUUACUAGAUAAAUUGAAAUCCAUGUUUGUUAUCGUCGAGCGAUAUAAUCAUCAGACGACACAAACAAAAGAGGGGAAAACAAAGGAAAAUCACACAGAAAUCACAUGUGCAUCCAUUUACCAGAACCACACACAUAAACACCCACUCAUGUAUAGAAAAUUUUAACGAAACAUCAUACACCAUAAACUAAGAAAAAAUGGUGUCGAAAGAAUCUAACAUAGUAAAACAAAAACACAGUUAAACUAAUGAAACAAAGUUAUAUAAAAAAAUGAACGUUACUGAUACAUAAACAACAUCACACACAUACACACUAAAGAAACGAAAAAAGAGAGUGUAAGCAUAAAGGCAUAGAGAGCAUGUUAAGUUCGUUGGUAGGAUUAAUGUUUCAUUUUUUUAAAAGAAAAACAAACCCCCGAUAUAGCGUAAGCCAUUUUAAUGCAGCAGUUAAACAAUGUUACCCUUGUUCGUUUUCGUAGCAGAUAACCUAGAACCGUGUUGCUAAGUGGAAUAAGAACACAAAAAUUCUGCAACCCUUUUUCGUGGCAAUGCAUCACAGCGAUGGGGUAGUGAAGCCCAUUUGUGCGGAGGUUUGAUGUUUUCCUUUCCUUAGCAAUCCUUUAUCAAUUGUAAAUGCCAUGAUGCCAGUCAGUCAUACAACCCAUAUGCCGUUAAACAAUACCAAAAAAGCUUCAUCGUUGCUAGUUCAACAACACCAACUACAUUGACAUCAACCGCAUCAGACAAUGGUUCCAGUUAGUUUUGUUUUUCUUUUUUAAUUUACAAUAUUUUUGUUUUUUUUAAUGUUACUUGCGGCCACAAAAUGGACCGGCACUAUUCGAUUGUUAGACGUGGCCAUAGUCAUACUAACCGAUCAUCAUCUUAGCACUAAAACCUGCGUUUGCUAGUGUUUAUCCACAUCCACAGCAAAAUGGGGCAAAUUUUUAAUUUGUAGUUAUAUACGGUGUACUUUUUACGUUCUCAUAUCUCGUUCUAACAAAAACAUAUGGUAGAACGCUCCAAAGGAACGCGUCGGGAAAUGUGGAAUAUUAUGGUGAAAAUAGACAGAGACAAGCUAGCAAAAAAAAUGCUUUACAGUUAGCCGAACAUUCGGAUUGGAUUGGCACAAUAUUUAGUCGGGACAUUAUUCUAAUGGAUUAGUUUUAUUGAGUAUAAAGUUUUAUUUUCUUGUUUGUAACUGUGCAACAUAUGCAAACUCUGUUAAACGGAUAAAAUUGGAAAGUGUUUAAACGGGACCCUCCCCGGGGGUAUAUUGGUAGGCUAAAUAUGUAAUAAGGUAUCUGUAAAAAAAAAACAAAACGAUUAUUGUGGUUUGGUUGAUAAAGUUAUGGCAUGCACAAUUCAUGUUUUCAACCAUCAUGUUUUGUUCGGUUCAAUCAUUUGCUUCAACACAGUUUUGCUCGUGUGUUAGCAAAAAGUUUGCAGUACACAGUAACAAGGGCCAGGCCUAAGAAUUCAUUUCUUUUAAAUAGCUGUACGUUUCGUUAUGCUUUCCAAUGUUACCUUGUUUAGUUUAUUAGUAGCCCAGCGAAUAUGUGUAUGACCUGGAACGCAAAACGUUUAAAAUAUCGCUGCUGAAUGUUCUUCCACUUAUGGAUGUCCGGUGUGCAAUAUUGCAAUUCUUUAGAAGCAAAAAAUGGUUGAAAUGGCAAUUUAGUACCCUUUUUCUUUUGUACGACGUUAUUUCAGAUGUUUUGUUUAUUUACACUUCACGUCACAGAUGUUUUAUCACGUUCGUUCCACUCUCGGGGGAUGGAAAUUCAUCCCAAAAAUAGUUUUACUUAUGUUAGUGCGCUAAAACUUAGCUGUUUUUUCGGGGGGAAAGAAAGAGCAAAAUAAGAAAAGGUAAAGGAAAAAGCCCACUCUUGUGAGAAGGAAAAACACAACCAAAAAAGACGACUAACAAAUACCCCGAGAUCCGUGUGGGACAAACUGACGAGUAUUGGGAAAUGUGAAAACUCAUAGCACUGAACAACUUCAAGGAUGAAAGACAAAUAUCAAUGUUAAUGUUUGAUAAGAAGAGAAACAAAAAAGGCAAAAGGAUAAGAAAGCAAACAAAAAGAAUGAGCAUAAAAGGAUAAUUGAGCAGACUGUAGCAAAACACUUGCAUAAAAACAGUAACCUACAAACACACACACACACACACACACACACACAAAAGACACGUCGAAUUUUAUGUGCCAGGCCAUUCAACUUAGCGAUAAGACUGUGUUGGGGCCACCUUCCAGUAUGAGUGCCGUCUUCGACAAACCACCGCCCCCGGGGAAGCCGAAGCCUUGCAUAUCCUUGUUGCACCUUGUCUUUCUGCCUUUUUUGUUUCUUCAUUUUGCCUUUCUUCCUUGAAGGCUGUGAAUUUCUCUUUUCUGUUUUUCGUUUCUGUUUUGCACUAUUUAAAUUUGCAAAUGUACUUUCAACUUUCUUUCUUGCAAACGCACGAUCGGAGGGAUAUUUUAGUGUUUUAAAAAUGCGAACCCUCCUAAAUUGAAUGGACAGUAGGGAUGGCAAAAACACCGGAACGGAAACGGGUACAAGAGUGGUUUUCUUUUUUGCUUUUGGUGAACACAGAGGAUGGAGCGAGCGAUAUGGUGGGAUCUGUUGUGGAACAUUAUAUAAAUAACGAAUAAUUUUAGGUACAUUAAUCCAUUUAAAGUGUUCCAAUACACGUACCCACACACACACCCACACAUACACGUCAGAUGUUAAAAAAUGAUGUAAUUAUUAGCAACAUUUAAUUCUUUAUUCAGUUACCAUGAAACCGGCAGGAUGCCUCGAAACGGGGAAGAAUAUAAAACACAGUCACAGUAUGAAUGUGUGCAAUGUAUGUGGGAAGGAAGUAUGUAUGUACGUUCCGUAAGCGUGUGAUAGUUUUGUAAAGCGUUUUUGACGGGUUCUUUUAUUUUCAUGUGUGAUUUGCACCGAUUUGCGGACGAAAUCGAUAAGCGUAAUACGUUCAGCAUCACACACAAUGUGGUUUAGUUUCGAAACAUAACGUAGUCAAUCAGUCGUCCGAAUGUUGAGGGCAGAACUAGAGCGGGAAUUUAUUAAAGGUUUAAAGGAAACGGCUAACCUUUCAUUAUCACAACACCAUUUAGCACGUUCACAAUGAUAGCACGUACACCCACACACAAACAUAGACAUUAUAUUGCAUGCAUACACUCGUACCAUCUACUACUACUACUCUACUGUGUUAUGUUUUAUUCAAAGUUUAUCUAUAUUUAUAGUGAAAAUGAAAGCCGACAGAAGUAGAUACGCCUAGAUACAACUACACACAACACAAACAAAAACAAGAGUUAAAAAAUAAAUGCGAACAUAAAACUACAUAAACAGGCUAGAGAAUGAAGCAUGGGUAGAGAAAAUCGUGUGGUGCAAUAAAAGAUGAAAAAACAAAUGCGAAAAGUGGUAAAACGAAAUCGAAAGUGUGUAGUAGAAAAUUAACAAAUUGAAUUACCACAGGGAACGGUGAUUGUGACAUAAUGCAAUGGAUUCGUAAUGUUACCGUUAAAUGACUGGAAAUGUAUGCACGAGUGUAGUGUAGAAUCAAACGGCAACAGAAACAACAACAAAGGAGAUAAAACAGUAGACAAGACAAGUGUGUAGGAUAGGUGAAACGAAUCACAACAUUAAAUGCGUGGGGCAAAAACCGAUAAGAAAGGUUUUAUGGAUGAAAAAUAGGAGAAAAUACAUGGAACAUUACAAGAGAUAACUGAAUGUGGGACAACUUAUGUUCCAGUAAGUGUUUUUUUUUGUCGUAUGUUGGAGUUUAUUAAAAGGGGUAGUAUUUUGUUUUAUCUUUUGAUUCUUAUUUGAUUUAUUCCUUUUUUAGGUUAUUUCUAUAAAUGUUGUUUUCUUAUAUUUUUUAUUAUUUUCUUCUCUUUCUAUUUUGUACAACUUAGGUAAUUAUAAUAUUAUUUCAUUACUAAUUUUAAUUUGUUUUUAUUUUUAGCUCAUUUCAUUAACAUCCCGAUCCCAAAAAGUGUAAUGCAACCAUGCGUGUAAAAAGCUAAGGAUCGCCAUGAAAGAGGUAGCCGGGAAAUGAAGAAUUAAUUUAGCAAUCGAUAGUACAACACACCGGUCGAAGGGAAGGAAGCCUGUUUGCUGUUUUGGAUGUAUUCUGCCUGGAAUACAAAACCAAAAAGUCUGUAAAAAAGGAACAAUGUCUAGAGAGCCGAUUAUGUCUAACGUUGUGAUGGUAGAUAAAUCUAUUGCUGUUACUUGUUGAAUGGAUAACUUAAACACGACAUACACACACACACACUCCGGUGUACAGGAGCGUAAGGGUUUGCUAAGCGAUAUCAGAUGAGAUAAGAAGAGCGUAAAAAUAUGAUCAACAUGAUGUGUUUGGUAAAUUACGUUUCAUCAGUUGUUGCGUUAGUGUGCGUUUGAAACUGUUGUAUUUUGCGUUUGUUUUGUAAUUUGUACUUUCGAGGGUCACCGCAAAAUUAUGUACCUACUGAAGCAGAAGGCUGAUGAAUGCUUCUACCCAUUUGUCGGUAAUGCAAAAAUGUUGUAAAGAAAUGUUCAUGUUAUCCAGCCAGACCGUUAAACCAGUCUUCAGACAUUAAGUCACAUUUAGGUCACGUAAUGGAGGCGCAUUAUGAUGCUCCCUGUAAGAAAUUAUUGAAAAAAAUCUAUCAUGCAGCUAGUUUUUUUUCCAUAAAUCAUAAGACAGACGCAUGAUGUAAGAGAUGUUACACUUAGGAAAUUAUAGAAAACCAAAUGCUAUUCUACGAAUUUUAUCCUGCACAUAGCCACGCACACCUUCCUCUUUUACUGUGGUGUGGUCCUCUCCCCCUUUUUGCUAGACAAGAAAAAGAAACCUAAAACAAUACAACCACUUGAACGUAAAGAACUGUGCAAUAGAAGCAAAAACAAAAGGCACAAACGAAAUGAAAAAAAAACACAGUUCCAAAAACCCUUUAAACAUUGACCGUUAAUGGUUAGCGAGCGAUUAGCUAAGAAGCGAACACAAGUGGUUACAAGCGUUGUGAAACAAACAAAAAAGUAUUUAAAUAAUUAAAUAUUGCAAAAAAAAACUAAAACUAACAAAAAAAACAAAGAAAUGAAAACGUCAAACAAACGACAAACAAAUCAAAUUAAAGCAUGCAACUAGCAACAAGCACGAAGAUCGUUAGUUACAAAAGGCAGUGUAUACAAAGAGUGUGCGCAUACAAUUAACCGAUUACCAAUACGCGUCCGUUACAGUAGAAGACAAGGUUAAGGUACGAAAGUUUAUAGAAAGAUAUUUUUCUAAGAAAGCAAACAGAAACAUAAACACUGUAGAAUUAACGACACGUCACUUAAGCAUGGAAGCCGUAGAAGGGGGUGCAAAAUUGCAUUGUGUUGUUGUGCCGUGUAUAUGUGUACGGUGCGCCAAAAAACUGUUAUUUACUGUAACUAGCGAGCUAGUGAGCAUGAAGACAAAGGGACAAGCGAAAGAUUGAACCGUAUGUUUGUAUUGCAUUCUUUCUAAAUCUUCUCUUUCUACCAUGAAACUCGACGAACUCGGUGAGCAAAGUGUGGGUGCGAAAAACAAAAGAAGAGAACGGGAGAGAGACAACAAAAAAUCACAUUUAAAUAGAAUCCUCUUAAAAUGUUUCUUGUAGUAACUAUUGAUACAUUGGUAGACUGAAAAAGGAUAAUUGUUUAAGUCGAUGAAGGAAAGCAACUAGGGAAAUUGGGCAACGUUAGGAAACAAAUAAUUUUUAUUUCCACUAAACACACACUAACAUUAACACACAUUAUAAGGUUAAAAAACUUCUAUCCGAUUGUUGUUAAAGAUGGAUAAAGUUUUAGUUCAAAUGGCCGUUAGCCGCAGCACGAUGUCGAUGUGCGUAUAGGCGACGAACCCGUUUUUUAAAUUUCGUUUAAAAUGUAAAUUUUUCAUUCUAAACCAAAUUGCAUGCAUGAUAGUACGCGUACAUAAACACACUGUAAAGUCCAUUUUACUUCUUCUUCCAGUUUGCUGCAGAGUGAUAAGAUGCAUUAAAUUGUGCCACAAGCAAUGCAAUGCAAAUUGUUACACGCAUACUAACAAUGGCGCACAGCGAAAACCUUUGCGAACACAAAACCAAUGGCAUCACAAGUGGUCUCCAUGUUUCUCAAUACUAUGCACACUACCAUACUACCACCAUGUUUACCGAUAGAAAUUAUAUACGCAGUGCUACUAUGCUACUAAAGAACAAACUUUUCCAUACCCUUCAUUCAACCUUUUUGCAAAACACCAUUUUUCCUCACCGUGCCCACAUUUUACGAAGUUUUACUAGUCAGUCUAGUAUUAAUUGUUCUGUUUUGUUCUACAAUCAUCGAUAACGAUGCGAAGAGAAUAUUUUGCGUAGAGAAUAUGCAUUAUUUAGUAGCAGUAUAGAAACUAUAAUUCGUUAAAAUUUUUCAAAGAAUAUGAAAAUUGUUUUAAAAACAAUGCGUUUGAGAAAUUUCUUCAUCAAUCUACCUUGUUUAAUAAUUUGUUUUCGUAUAGAAAAUGUUCUCUCAAAGUAAAUGCGUUUAAUAAAAAUCAACUUCAACACAAAAAAAUUAAAACAAAAACUAAUUAACUAUCUCAAAAUAAAACAACUCUCGCGUUGUUUACAUAUGAUAGCUGAAGAAAAAAAACACGAAUUCAUCCAAUAACGAAAGGCAAAGCGUAAAAGAUGCGAGAUCAAAACCAAAACUAGCGUAAUGAAACUCUAAAUACCAUAACAAUUCAAUGAUAGACAAUAUUUUCAGCAAAACUUUAACAAGCACAACCUCUCUCUCUCACUCUCUUUCUCUCCCCUCCUACCCAAUCCCCUACCACACGAAACAAAAAGGGAAAAUCGUUGUAAGAUAGAGAAUUAUAUAAAAACCUGCUAAUGGAACUACAGUAAAUAGAACGUUCUUAUAAAACAAUGCCCUUGGAAGGGAAUGCGUUCCCCCGUUCGGGUAACCUUUUAACACCAUUUCCUAUCAUCAUUGACACAUCUAACGUCUAAGGCACAGUUAAACAUCUUCACACGUUUUCUCACGUUCUCUUCUAAACUUACACUAAAACCACGCAUACAUAAAAAACAAGAAAAUUGAAACCAUUUAAAAAAUGGUUAUCGACUGUCCCUGUUUAUUGCUGUUGUGUUAAAGAAAAGCUUUUAGGUUUUUUUAUAUAACUCUCACUAGUCCAUUUGUUGCGGUUUAUAUUCGUAAGUUUUACCAAAACAAAAAAAAAACAAAACAAGAUGAACAGAUAAAAACGCCUUGCGUUUGUUUUGUUUGUAUUAUUCCUUAUCAACUAGCAAACAGGUCUUUUCUUAUAGUUGUUAAGAUAUAGCAAAAACUAGGAAACAAAUUUCACGAUAAUCCACACACAAACAUAAAAACCAUGGUUAGUUUUACAUUCUGUCUUACUACCGCAGUAUAAGAUGGCCAACUGUCGAUUGCUUGAACCGUCGUCGCCCCGGGGGGGAUUUCUUAAAAAGGGAACUAGUAAGAUUAUAUUGUUGUUUUGUGAAAUGUCUGUUCAGAAAAAAAUACAAACCAGACGGAACAAAAACAAGGGGAACUUGUUCCGACAGUUUAUAGAGCGUAUAGUGUGUAAUGGAAGUAUUAAAAAGAAAUUAAUAAAAAGAAAAUGCAACCAAAAAAACACUUAUGUGACACCGUAGAAUAGGAUGCAAUAAAGUGUUAAAACCGUGCAACCAUAUGACAAGAAAUGGUGAACCGAAAAGUUAGUGCCAGGAUUAUAAGCGAAAAUGGUUGAAUGGUAAAAGAAAAAAAUACCAAAACACAGAACAGCAAAAAAAACAAAUUUAAAGUGAAUAGAUAGUGUCAAGAGAAUUGUUUAUAGUGCGAAAGAGUGAAAACAAAACAAAAAAAUAUAUAUGAAAAUAAAGUGAAAUGAAACUAAUGAACGAACAAAUCAAACCGUGCAAACCGCGUGGAAAUGGAACGGAUGACAAAAUGUAAAAAGAAAAAAAACAUGAAACAAAAAUAACAUUGUCAGGAUAUACGGGCCGAUUACAGCGUUUACGUCCUGUGCGUGUUAAAAUUCGCAACAACAAAAAAACGGCAAAUUUAGUACAUCUUCUAAUCCUAGCCAGUAAGGCAGGGCAGGCAGGGUUCCCGUUUGGAAGUAGAUGGAUACAAGCUUUACCUCGUUUCACUACCACAAAACUAUCCAUUCGCAUCUUGUGGGCCAGUUUGUUUGCAUGAAGGCCGCAUUUUUUCAUGAACUAACUCAAAGCAAAACACAACUAUCACGUUCAUUGUGAUCAAUAUGGUUCAGCGCUGGUAGCGGCCAUGAUUCGAUUUUACUUUUUCCAACUGCCCUUCUUUGUGAGGGGGUAACACUCCGGUACACUACAUGCACACGCUGGAAAUAAGAAGAAAAAAACAGGUAAAGCAAGACAUAGUAAAACAAACAAAAAAACAAACGCAGCUGUGUAUGUUAGAAAUUGAUAAAGUAAAAAAAAAUCUCAAGCAAACAAAAAGUUCAAAAUAUCUCAAUAUAUAAAGGAGUAUGUAACAGCAAAACAAAAAAAAACCUAAUCCGUCAAAAUAUUAACAAAAAAAAUACAACUCACACACAAUACAAGCAGCAGCAACAUUUUUUCUAUUAACUGUGCAGAUAAUGGAAAUUGAGCAGUAGAAAAGAAAAGGACAAACAGAAAUAUAUUGCAAAGUUCAUAUUUUUACACAUAAAGGUGGUCACAUAAAGACAUGGAGGAAAAUUAUAAAUGAAAAAAGGAAAAACAGAAACAAAUCGCAAGCCAACACAUACGUUAAAACAUCCAAUUACAAAGAUCAAGCAAAAAGAUCAACUAAACAGUUCUACAACACUACACAGAAUUCUUUACGCUAUUUCAAACACUAGAAACAAACAAACAAAAACAGUUAUCGUAAAAAAAACAAAUAUGAACGAGAAGGACGAAAACACAUCCAUUACCCACACACACACACAUAAACACAUUUAAAACUAGUUAAAUAUAAAUAAUAAAAGGUAAUAAAAUAGGCAAGGAAAGCUAUUAAAGAAGGUGGUAAGAGCAGAAAUGAAACAAGAACAAGUGAAAAAAAAACAAAACAAAAAUGGUAAAACCUUUUUCCUUUGCCAUUCGAUGAAAUCAUCGGAAAUACACAUACACAUAUAUUUAGCAGAGUGAGCGUUAACCGAUCGGAUAUCCACCAUUCGGUCGGAAUUAUAGUUCAAUUAUUAUAGAAUGAAAAGGGGCGAAUCAUGGAAAAAGUAAAAAACAAAACAAAAACACUUACACACAGUCCUCCCUCUCACGGGAAGGGAACGAUGGGGAAAUGGGAAUUAGGAAUGGAAUAAUUCAAAAGUUCAAUAAAAAAAAAUACAACCAAACUUUAACGUAAGAGAGCAUUUACAUUAAAAUUUGAUUAAUUUUAGAACAAUGGCGCAGGAAGUGGAAACAGAGGGGAAAGCCGAAACGAAUAAACGGCCCGGCAAAGGCUCUAAUAGGGAUUGAAAUGUAGUGUGUUUGUCAUUGCAAAUUAGGAGAAAUUUAUUAAGUGUACGCCAACAUCGGGCCUAUCGGGCGGACAGGCAGGGAAGAGAUGCGAUAUCGAGUACAGGACACAUGGUACCGGGUAAUGUAACUGGAACACAGGCCCAGGGGAGCAAAGCGCCAACGGCUCCUUUCCAAAAAACCGUACUAAAAAACAAAAACUAUGUUUGCGUGUAAUUACGUUCGUGCCACCCUUGUGUCGAAUGUGUUUUUCCCGUUUGAUAUUUAUUUUCACUGAGUUUAAGAGACAAAUAAAGAAUGAUCAGACAGAAUAA